AUUUACAUCCGUAUCACAGUAAGCUUGUGUUUCCUUAAUUUUGUGUCUUAAAUCUCAUAAGCAUAAAGACGAACUUUUACAACAAUUUCUUUUUUUUCUUCGGUAUCUCUUUGAUUUUUUUUUAACUAUUAUUGAUGUUGAAAAUAUAAAGCUCAUAAGCAAUUGGAGAUGGGAUCUCAAGACCCUUGUAUAUACAGAGUGCCAAGCCAGUUGCGUGAAGUGAAUCCAGAAGCUUAUAGACCUCGGAUGCUUCUCAUCGGCCCUCUUACUCAUUCCAAGAAACCUAAAGUUCAUACGGAUUCAAGGUAUCUAGAAUAUAAGAUGAUGGAGGACCAAAAGGUGUUGUACAAAGACGCUUUCACCAAAAGGCUAGAUACUGAUAUUGCUAUUCUUGAGGAUAUGAAGACCACCAUAAAAGACGAAGAAGUAAAUAUUCGAGCAAGCUAUGCGGUAUCGACUGCAUGGAUAUUAUCCGAUAUAUUCGUGGAGCUUAUACUUAACGAUUCAAUUUUUAUCGUGGAGUUCAUUCUCAGAAUGUAUGAAAGUCAUGAAAAAAUUGGUGACAUGAUUGUGGACAAACCUUUUUACACUUCCACGGUUCUUGAUGACCUUACCUUGCUCGAGAAUCAGCUUCCUUACUUCUGUUUAAGUAAGUUGUUAAACCCCAUUACAAAGAGAUUUUGUGGAGAUCAGUCGCUGGACCAAGUCAUCCUCCAGUUAUUUUCAGUCAAUGAUAGUGGCAUGAUCAAUGAGAAUACAAAGUUCAAUCACUUCACAGAUUUAUUCCGGUGUGUUUACAAGGAAUCACUUGGCCAGAAUCUAGAGUUGAACAACUCGAAAAGCCAGAUCGUGGAUAUGAAGAGCGCGAAUAUGCUAUACAGUGUAGGAGUGGACUUCAAGGUAGUGAAGCGUGAGUAUUCACUGAAUGUAUCAUUCGAGGAAGGUUGCUUAAUAUUGCCGAGUUUUCCUGCCGAUGAAUCUUCUAAUAUCAUCCUUAGAAAUGUCAUCGCAUAUGAGCAAUGCCAUGAUCCUGAAAAUGCCUUUACUACAAAUUACAUAAAUUUCAUGAAUUUCCUUAUUACCUCCGAUGAAGACGUGGCUAUACUCACUUCAGCAGGAGUGCUAACAAACGGUGUGGGGCGGUCAAGCAUGGUACUGAAGAUGGUGAAUAACUUAGCUAUAGGAGUGUUGCUAUCGAAUCAGAGCCAAUAUCACGACAUUGUUGAGAAACUCAACAUUCACCAUAGUUCUCGUAGGAAAAGGAUAUGGGCGAAACUAAGAAAAGUCUACUUCAGCGACUUAUGGACGACAACAGCUACGUUAGCUGCCAUAUCUCUUUUGCUACUGACUCUAGCUGGGACAGUGGCUUCCAUUUUUCAAGCUAUCAAGAGCUAAUGCAGUUGCAUGCUUCGAUCUCCUAAAGAUUGUAUUCAACUCUUGUUAUUGGAAUAUUGGAUUUUCCAAAAUUAUAUUUAUUUCUCACAUAUAAUUACGCGAAACAUUUUGUUUUCCAACAAAUAGUUCACAAAUUUAAGAAAUACAAACAGCUUGACCGAAAAAACGUAAAGCAAAAUAGUACAAUAUGGAUCCUGAUCUUUUGACUUGCUCACUUCUUUCCAAUCAUGUUCUUUCCUUUGGUUGUUUUCUCUCGCUGCGUUGUUGUUCCAUCUACGUUAUUAACUAUUGUCGUUUUCUCUCUCGUCACUGGUUUUGUCCCUUUUAAAUUGCUUUUCUGAAGCUGAUGAAGGAAAAAUAAACAAGAAAUUAGACAAGACACUUCCAAAAAAAACCCAGCAUCGAGUCACUAGAUCAU